GUCAGUCUCUUCGCAACGUUCAACAAUCGAGAUUGACAAUCACUUGACAGCGCGCUGUAUUUGUUUGGCGCGAGAUGUCAUCAAACAGUAAUAAAGUUAGCAAAGUUGGUGAUAAUUAUUAUCAAAAUGAUAUGAAGAAUAAUAGUUUGAGUGUUGCAUUCGCGGAUAAAAGUGUUUCACAGCUGAAUGGAAGAUACAGAUCAAAAAGUUUGUCGAGUGAUAAGUUGAAUCAACUUAAUGCAGAUCGGGCUGCGAUAUUAGAGGAUGUUGAUACGGAAUAUUUAACAGAAAAAUCAGAAACACCCGGCUGUUUAGUUAAGAAUAAAAUUAUGGAGCAAAACACACAAGCAACGAUUAAUGGCUACCAGGAUGGUAAGGUGUCAUAUGGAACAGAUAGUCCCGCCAAAGGUCGGCGAGUGAUAUUCUGCGUUCAUGGUAACCCGUCCACUGGCUGCUGCGCUGUCAUCGAAACCAACCCAGAUGGUGAGGAAAAUGGAAGAAAUGGCAGUAUUACUGAAGUUGAAAGGCAUUGUCACAGAUCACGUAAUGAAGAAAUAGACAAACGCGCGAGAAGAAAACUUAUAAUAGCCAGUAUAUUAUGUGUUAUAUUUAUGAUAGGAGAAAUUGUAGGUGGCUACAUGUCAAACAGUCUGGCAAUAGCGACAGACGCCGCGCAUUUACUCACAGACUUCGCCAGUUUUAUGAUAUCAUUGUUCUCGCUAUGGGUCGCCAGCCGACCCGCGACUAGACGGAUGCCUUUCGGUUGGUACCGGGCGGAAGUCAUAGGAGCCCUAACAUCCGUUCUUCUCAUCUGGGUGGUGACAGGCAUUCUGGUAUAUAUGGCAGUGCAAAGAGUCAUCUACAAGGACUUCGAAAUUGAUGCGACUGUUAUGCUGAUCACCUCCGCUGUUGGCGUUGCUGUUAAUCUUGUAAUGGGUUUGACCCUCCACCAGCACGGUCACAGUCAUGGCGGUGGUCACGGUCACUCGCAUGGUAGCGCUAAUCCGGAAUUAAAUAACAAGAAGGAACGAUCGGAGUCGGACGCAGAAAGUGUUACGUCGCAUACGCACGAAGAUCACAGGGAGAAUAUCAACGUACGCGCUGCGUUUAUUCAUGUACUAGGAGAUUUCUUGCAAAGUUUCGGCGUUUUGAUUGCAGCUAUUGUUAUAUAUUAUAAACCGGAUUGGAGCCUGGUGGAUCCCAUUUGUACCUUCCUCUUCUCAGUUCUGGUGCUGAUCACAACAUUUAAUAUUAUCAAGGAUACUCUGCUUGUACUGAUGGAGGGAUCUCCAAGAGGAGUCGAUUUUCAGGAAGUGGCGAAUACGUUCUUAUCACUUCCGGGCGUAGUUCGCGUACACAAUCUACGAAUGUGGGCGUUGUCGCUAGACAAGACUGCGUUGGCCGCUCAUCUUGCUAUACGUGCCGGUGUUAGCCCACAAAAGAUUUUGGAACAGGCAACGCGUUUGGUUCACGAGAAAUACCGUUUCUUCGAAAUGACCCUGCAGAUUGAGGAGUUCAAUGAUGGUAUGGAAGAUUGUAGUCAAUGCAAGAUGCCUCAGUCAUAGAUGUGCCUAAUAGAAACAUAUUUGAACCUUCUCUCCGCGCGGUUAACUGCAAAUCCGUUCAGGCUAGAUAUCGUAAAUUCUAUUUACACUUUAAUAUCAAAAUUACAACGGCUUUUGCUGUAAAGAGCGUGAUUUCCUGGCCUACGACCCGUAAGAAUUACUACUAGUAAAUACAUAUAGAAUUGUGUGAUGCUCAAGUAUUUUUCUUGCAUAUUAAAAAAAUGGUUGUGAAUAUUCUUUCAUAGUACAAAUUUUCAUACUGAACUGUCCUGACGUUAUAAGAUCAAAAAUAAUUAACCAAUUUAUCCGAUAAAGUAGUUUUUUUUUAAUCGCAAAGUACAUGUCUCGGUUAAUCAUUGGCCUUUAGAAGUAUGAAAAGCCUUCAUUUAUAAGAUGUUCACGAACCUACUACGUAAUUUUCGUUUUCGUAAGUUAAUUUUCUUCAAAUGUGUUAGUUUUUUUUUAUUUAACCACAUAGAUAUUUAUUAUCACCCGAUGGGUGAGUGUUCGCUUUAUUAGUAUUUAUAAGUAUGAGGUAUAUUUGAAUGUACUUAAACAAAACUCCCUAAAGAUAGACAAUUUACAAAUUGAAAGUGUUUAAAUAAGUAACGUUGAUUCAAAAUUAAAAUAAGGCUUUAUAGCUUAUACAAAAAAAAUGUUUUAAGCCGAUAAGCAGGGUAUAAAAAGGCUAUUUCACCAAAUAUUAUGUGCCUUUAAACGCAUUAUAUAUAUUGGUUAAAGGUACUAUUUAUAAUUGUCAAUAAAUAGUGAUUUUAUACGACAUUUUCGGCCUUGUCUUUCGAAUAUUUUAAUUUUUUUUUUGUAGUGAAUUGUAGGGGUUAGAUUUUUGUUUUCAUCUCUCGAAUGUAACUGUCAAAAAUAUCUAACUUACACGCACGUUAAACGGGGCCGUAAAUGUAUUGAAUGGGACUGCGGUGCCUAUAUAAUCCUGUUUUUUUUAAAUGGGUUAUAAUAUGACAAGACGUCACUACAGUAAUCCACUUGUGAUUUUUCAAUACCAGAUAUAUUAUUUAUGUUCAUUAUUUUAGCUCUAUAUGUCUAUGAAUUUCGUAUUGAAGAUUAUGCCUGGCAUAAUCUCACUGUUUUUUUCUGAAUGAUUGUCUAUGCUCUAUGGCAAUAUGGUGAAGUAGCCAUAAUUAAUAAAUAUUCUUAACGUUUGUUGAGCAAUUAUAAUCAUAUUUAAUUUGUAUUAAUAUUCCCUAGUUGUAAGUGAAGAUGAAUGAUUUUCAAAUUAAACGAAUUUUAUUGUU